AGGUGGAGUGACUCAGAUGUUUGUAAAGAAAUGAAGGGAAAUGCUGCCAGUUUCUCUUUCAUUUUCCCUUCACCACAAAGGAAACGUUUAUCUGACUCACUGGCCGUGCCGGUAAGUUUUGUUUUCUCAGAGCUGUGUGUGAGUUUGCAUAAUAAACCAAUCAAGUUUCGUUUCUGCCUCAUAAAAAGCAGCCCUUCCCUCUGCAGAGUCACUUCACCAACAUGUUUUUGUGGGGAGAGGACCGACAUCAGGGCUUCCGCUGGAAGAACGCCUCAAACAUCCCAGCUGGAGACAGAGUUCGGUUUUUAAAGCUCAGCUUUCAGGUGUCUGAUCUGUCAGCCGGCCAGAGUGUCGUCGCCUUCAUUAAAACUACCGGAGAGGCUUCGGUGAUCCGCACAGAUGCAGCAGGCAGAGUGGGGAAACAGAAGUUUGUUGGCGGGGAGAUGGAGGCUGUGGGUUGUGGAGACGAUGCUGUGAUCACACUGCUGUCUCAGAGCGGGGAAGUUUUCUGUGUGGACACCAUGAAAACUCCUUUUAUUCUGAGACCUCUAGGAGCUUUGAGUAACAUCCCAGUAACUCAGGUGGCCUGUGGGAACCAGCACACAGUCGUCCUGACAAAAGGUGGUCAGGUGUACACAUGGACCCGGGACAGCUCACCUCGAACCGUCCGGACCCUGGCAGCGAUGCCUCUGGUCCAGGUGGCUGCAGGGGGGGACCAGAGCUUCGUCCUCUCGGUGUCCGGAGGUGUGUUCAGCUGGGGCAGGAAUGACUGUGGACAGCUGGGUCUGGGAGACAAAACAGACAGAAACACACCGACUCCUGUUCGCUUCCUGAACAUGAAGAAAACUGUUCACAUCUCCUGCGGACAGAAGCACACUGCCGUUCUGACAAAGGACGGCGCCGUGUUUACGUUUGGAUCCGGUCGGUUCGGGCAACUCGGACACAACUCUGUUGGAGACGAGCUUCGUCCUCGGCUGGUUGCAGAACUCUGGGGGGUGAAGGUCUGCAGAAUCGCAUGUGGGAGGCAUCACACUUUAGUGCUGACAGACUCCAGGAAGGUGUUUUCCUUUGGUUGUGGUGAACAAGGGCAGCUGGGACAUGGAGAGGAGAGUCAUCCGUCUGUGCCGUUACCAGUCCAGCUGCCACAAGACACCACUAACGGUUUCAUAAUUCAGAACAUCUACGCUGGAGCAAACUGUUCAUUUGCAACCUGCUCGACUCAUCAGGACAAAGGUUCAAGCUGCACUGAGAACAAUGUGACACAGUUCGACUCGAUUGAGAAUAUGACCGAUAAAUGGGCAUCUCAAUGCGAUUCAAAGUCCUGGGCAAAGAUAAAACAGGACAUUCACAGGAUGGUUUCCUCUGCAGCGUGGAUGAAUCGAAGCUUCCUUAACCGAAGCAAAGAUAAACAUUUCCAGACGUCACCGAACUCCUGCGGUUUGGACUUGUCACUCACACAGCGUGUUUUUGAGAAACUGGUGAAAACAGAUGCUGUUUCUUCCGAGGUGGAAGCUGCUGUUCUGAAGCUGCUUCAGUCUCUGGACGAGGAACCGGUGGGACUGGAGGGACUCAGGAUCUUCCUGAUUCUCACUGAGCUUCUAUAUGCCAUCCAGAAACAAAAGGAACAACAGAACAUGAAGCUGGCUGAGGCGAUGGCUGCUGCUGUACAACGACUCUCUGCUGAAAGCCUCCAGAUUAUUGGAGACUGGUGGUCCUCACUGCAGCCCUCCACCAUGAUCAGACAUGUCCAAGCGUGGAAAAAUGUCCUCUCAAGGCUCCUGUCCGUCGUCCCUGUUCCUUCUGCUGUUUGGCCAUCAGUCCAAAACGUGCUGCGAAUCCUCCAGAACAUGCACAACGCCAACAAAGACAAGAAGAAAAUCCCUGAAGCGACUUUUGGUGCAGAGAUUAACCAGCAAUUUCUUGUCGAGGAUCUGCGGCUUUGGCGUGCAACGAUAGUAAACAAGGGUGAGCCUCUUCUCCUCUCCAGUUUCCCGUUUGUGAUGGAUCUGAAAUCAAAGCGAAUGGUUUUUGACACCAACGCAUCAUGGACCAUGAGUGAACACCAGGCACCACGUUACAUGGCGCCUUAUGGAUUUGUUCCCGUUCUGAAUCCAUAUUUUGAACUGAACCUGAAGCGAGCGUCUCUUCUGGAGGGAACCUUCAUGCAGCUGGGCGCCGCUCAGCACAGCAGCUUCAAGAAGCCACUUGUGGUAUACUUCGAUGGAGACACGAAGGUCACUGACGUCUACAAGAGAGACUUUUUCCACCAUCUGUUUCCUGACUUGAUGUCGGCUGAGUUGGGGAUGUUCAUGUUUAACGACAACGGAACGCUGGCUUGGUUCUCCUCCAACGUGACAGAGGAGAGCAGGAAAAGGAUCUACCUGUUUGGGGUUCUGUGUGGACUGGCGCUGUACAACCAGAGCAUGGUUUACUUACCGUUCCCACUGGUUCUGUUCAAGAAGCUGCUGGGUGUGGAGCCGACGCUGCAGGACAUGAUGGAGUUCAGCACAGAUUAUGGACGGGUUCUGCAGUCCUAUCUGACCUAUGAAGACGAUGUCCUAGAAAACCUGGAACAGCCUUUUUCAUUCCCCUGGGAUGGGAAAGAGGUCGACCUGGACCCUCAAAACCCUGCAAAGACAGUGACGGGUCAAAAUAAGAAGGAGUACGUGGACGCCUGUGUGAAUCACGCCUUCAACACGUCGGUGGAGAGUUCGUUUCAGGAGUUCCAGCGAGGCUUCUUCCAGGUGUGUGAGCGACGUCUGGUGCAGCUGUUUCAACCGGAGGAGCUUCAGGGAGUUCUGGCUGGUCGAGACCAGUACGACUGGGCCAAGUUCAAACGGAACACUGUUUAUGAACCGGAGUUCCAUCUUCACCACCCGACCAUACAGAUGUUUUGGGAGGUUUUUGAUGAACUCACUGAAGACCAGAAGAAGGAUUUCCUUUGGUUCCUGACUGGGUUCAGGAGGUUUCCUGUUCGCGGCUCGGACCAGAAAAACAUGUUGGUCCGAGUGAAGCUAAUCCAGGAAGGCUCCGACGACGAGCAUCGCCCCGAAUCCCUGACGUGUCACUCUAUUCUGGAACUGCCUUUAUACUCAUCCAAGGAGGUGAUGCGGGACCGGCUGACCACCGCCCUGAUCCCAGACAGAGGAUUCUCAGGUUGAUGUGGUUCCUGGGAUACACUGUGAAAACAAAACAAAACAAAAAACUGUAAAAAUGUCACAGAAAGAGCUGGAAAUAAUGUGUUUAAAAAAAAACAAAACAGUGAAAUAGAGUAACAUUCCAAAACAGUGAAAAAAAACAGCAAAUGUCUGUUUUAUCUGCUUGAAUACAGUAAAAUAAGUAAUUUUCUGGUAAUUUUACACCAAAAGAAUUGAUUAAUAUAUAUGUAAAAACUAAAAAAUACUGGAUUUACAAUUUUGUUUUCUAGUCGGUAUGUAAAUUCAUGUUUUUUUUGUUUCAAGAUAUUAUCUGUAAUUUAACAACAAAAAAUCUGUAAAAUACUACUUAAAAUAUAUUUUCUUUAAUAUAUAUAAUUUUUCUUUUACACAUUGGCCAAUAUCACUAAAAAUAUCAAUAAACAAUUACGUUUUUGGCUGAUUUAAAUAUAGUAAUGUGGUGUACUUUUACGGUAAAUUUACACUUUACAAUUUGUAAAAAUGCAGAUUUUUGAUGUGGACAUUAUUUACAGUUUUCACCUGUUUGUUUGUUUUAAAAGUCAGUAUCUAAAUAGUAAUAUCUAAAUAAUUCUAGAUAUUAUCUGUAAUUUAACAGCAAAAAAAUGGGAAAAAAAAUCAGCAAAAUGACCAAAUGUGAUUUACCAUUUUGAGGCUUUAAAAUAGAUAUUUUUUCUUUCACAUAUCAAGAAACACCUGUAAAAUAAUUCCAUUUCUGGCUGAUUUAAAUAUAGUAAAAUGUAUAUAACAUAGUGUAAAUUUAUACAUUGCAAAAGCACAAAUUACAAUUUUUAAAAAUACAGAUUUUCAAUUCUGGCUUGUUUUUUUGCAGUUAACAUGUAAUAUCAUAAUUUUUUUUUUCUUUGAUUUGACUUAAUUUUAUCUGUAGUUUAUCCAAGAAAAUGGGGGGAAAGGAAAAAUCAAUAAAAUACCACAAAAAUUAUUUAUCAUUUUGAGUCUUUAAUGUAAUUUUUCUUUCAUGCAUUGGUGAAUAUUGAUAAAAUAUAAAGAUGUCUGAUUUAAAUAUAGUAAAAGUUCACAGUGAUUUUACACAUUACAAAAAAACAAAUUGCAAUUUUUAAAAAUACUGAUUUUUGAUGUGGACAUUAUUUGCAAUUUUGGCCUUUUAAAAAAAAAAAGUCAACAUUUAAAUUUAUGUAUUUAUUCCAUGAUUUUGUGUGAUAUUAUUUGGAAUUUAACAAAACAAAAUAUCUGUAAAGUAACAGUGAAUUUUAAAGUUAAAAACCUUUCAUUUUUCACACUACACUGAAGGUAUGGGACGAUAAAGAAACGUAAACAAGUGUGUAGCAGCAGAACUCAGGGCUGUAGAGUUUAUUCUAAGGGACUUUUGUUGAUGUCAGAAUAUAAUAUGCUUCAAGUUAAAUGAAUAUUUAAUUUAUUUAUGUUUAUGUGAUGAGUUUUCUCAGGAGUAAAGUUGGAUUUCAAUGUGAUAAAUGAUGUUCAGAUCAUGAUGAAACAGGCAGAAAUAAUCUAUUUUCCUGUUUAUUAAUGCCACUUUACUACAUCUAAUGAAUCCAACACUACACUCCUGUAUUAAGUGGAAUCUUCAUUAUGAUUAUGAAGGUUUUUUUUUUUAAAAUUCUGUCAACUAUGUGGUCAUUUGAGUUUCCAGUUUGUGGUUUUGCACUAUAUUAUUAUUAGAUGUGGUUCUUCUAAUCAGCCUGUAUUUAUGUAAUUUAUUGCCAGCAUUACGUCUGACUUUUCAGGUCCUGUUUAAACAUAUUUAUUUUUACAUUUAGUAAUGUAUCAUGCUGCAUUAUUUCUCAUGUAAUUUUGUUUUCUUAUCAAUAUCCGGUGCAAGUUUUAUCAUUAUUUUUUGCUUAAUUCCAGAAGGGUGCCAUAAUUAUACUGCUCAGGGUAAAAACAUACAUUUAACACGAGUAAAACUUGUUGUUUAAAAAUGUUUAAACACUAAAACUGUAUAUCAGUCUUGUAUUUGUCAAAUCGUAUUUUCAUUGAGGUGCAAUGAACUUUAUAUGUUUGAUGCUGAUGAAUCACUGCUAUUUAAAAAAAAAAGAUGACAUUUUUAGCUGUUUUAACUACAGUAAAAAAGAAUGAAAGUAA